AUAGUCUAUAGUGAUCUGUGAAGUAGUGUAUGUUGUCUAUGGUCUUGCGUCUUGGCUUUAUUGCUUUGUCUUUUUCACGCGCCCGCUAAAUAAAUUUUCAUUUUCUAAACCUUUUUAGCGCUAAUUUCCGUCACUUGUUAGGACAAAUUAAACCAAAAUGGCGUCAACAUCGAAGCCACGCUCGGAAAUGACUUUGGAGGAAUUAUCCAAGAUAGAAGACGAAGAAUUCAGCACUGGCCCCCUUUCGGUACUCACACAGUCUGUUAAAAACAACACACAAGUGCUGAUAAACUGUCGGAAUAACAAGAAGCUUCUGGGCCGAGUUAAGGCGUUCGACCGGCACUGUAACAUGGUCCUUGAAAACGUGAAGGAAAUGUGGACAGAAGUUCCGAGAACGGGGAAAGGGAAAAAGGGUAAGGCAGUCAACAAAGAUAAGUUCAUAUCGAAAAUGUUUCUUCGCGGUGACUCAGUGAUCUUAGUGCUAAGGAAUCCACUUGCUACGGCAGCAGGAAAGUAGACAUUAAGCUUAGUUAAGAUUUUUCUCUUCUUAUAAUAAUAAAGUUUGCUAAGAA